CCCCGCGCGUGCGCGGUGGGAGCAGUGGCCAUGGCGCGGCCGGGCCGGGGCGGCCUCAAGGAGCAGCGCUACGACCGCCAGCUCAGACUGUGGGGUGACCAUGGCCAAGAAGCAUUGGAAUCUGCCCAUGUUUGUUUGAUAAAUGCAACAGCAACAGGAACAGAAAUACUCAAAAACUUGGUGCUGCCAGGUAUUGGUUCUUUUACAAUUGUCGAUGGGAAUCAAGUCACUGGAGAAGAUGUUGGAAAUAAUUUCUUUCUACAAAAAAGCCAUAUUGGUCAGAAUCGUGCCCAGAGUGCCAUGGAGCUGCUGCAGGAAUURAACAGUGAUGUUUCUGGAAACUUCGUUGAAGAGAGUCCUGAAAAGCUUUUAGACAACGACCCUUCCUUUUUUAAUUGGUUUAACUUAGUGGUUGCAACACAACUACCAGAAAGUACGUUACUGCGUCUGGCUGAAGUUCUCUGGAAUUCCAACAUUCCUCUGCUGGUCUGCAGGACUUAUGGCCUGGUUGGUUAUAUGAGAGUCAUUAUUAAGGAACAUACAGUUGUUGAAUCUCACCCUGACAACAUGUUAGAAGAUCUGAGACUGGACAAACCAUUUCCAGAACUSACAGAACACAUUCAGGAUUAUGACUUGGAUCAUAUGGACAAAAAGGACCACAGCCACACUCCAUGGAUUGUGAUUGUAGCCAAGUAUAUAACAAAAUGGUUCAAUGAGAAAAGUGAUCAGUUGCCCAAGAGUUACAAAGAGAAAGAAGCCUUCAAACAACUGAUUCAGCAAGGUAUCUUAAAGAAUGAAAAUGGGACCCCAGAAGAUGAGGAAAACUUUGAAGAAGCUAUAAAAAAUGUGAACACAGCAUUAAAUCGUACAGAGAUUCCAAGGGGCAUUGAAGAGCUUUUUAAUGAUGAUUGCUGCCUGAAACUCACAGAGCAGUCACCUUCCUUCUGGAUUUUAGUUCGAGCUUUAAAGGAAUUUGUGGCAAACGAAGGGCAAGGAAGCUUGCCUGUGCGGGGCACCAUUCCUGAUAUGACAGCAGACUCCAGUAAAUUCAUCAAACUGCAAAACGUAUACCGUGAAAAAGCAAAGAAGGAUAUUGCUGCUGUGGGUAGCCAUGCUGCUAAAUUGUUACAGUCCCUGGGCAAGGCACCUGAGUCUAUUUCAGAGAGAGAAUUGAAAUUGUUCUGCAGCAACGCCGCCUUCCUGCGUGUGGUGCGGUGCCGCUCUCUGGCUGAAGAGUACAGCCUCGACUCCUUCAACAAGGAUGCCAUCAUUUCCCAUAUGGAUAACCCAGACAGUGAAAUAGUGCUGUACUUGAUGCUGAGGGCUGUCGAUAAGUUUUACAAGCAGCAUGGGAGAUACCCAGGUGUCUACAACUACCAGGUAGAAGAUGAUAUUGGAAARCUAAAAUCAUGCCUUACUGGUUUCCUCCAAGAACAUGGGCUGUCUAUAGUGGUGAAAGAUGACUAUGUUCAUGAGUUUUGUCGCUAUGGAGCUGCUGAGCCUCACGCUGUUGCUGCCUUCAUGGGAGGAGCUGCUGCACAGGAAGUUAUCAAAGUCAUUACAGGGCAGUUUGUUAUUUUUAAUAACACUUUUAUUUACAGUGCAAUGUCACAGACUUCAGCAACUUUCCAGCUGUAGGAUAAGCUCUUGCAUUCGAUGCCUCCAGGCACUGCUGCUGCUGUAUUUACAGAUUUUACUGUAUUUACAGUUCUGUAAAUACUGUGGUGUUCUGCCACUGACUGGACUGUUCUGUAACGUAUUACCUGUUAAUUAAGGUUCCUUCAUUUUUAAUUAUCUUCUUUUUGUUGCUGUUUCCUGAGGAAAAAUAAAAUCAUACCAUGUCCGGACAAUUUUUUUAAAUCUAGAAUUUUCUGAUUUACCUUUGAAAGAAAAAGGCAGCAGCUAUUUUUGGCAGGGUAAGUUKCAUUUACAAAUUGGCUUAUCUGGUUUGCAGCAGAACUGAGUAUUUUGUAAAAGCUGCCCAUCAGCUUGAGAGCAGAGAAGGUGUAAAAGGGUGAGAGAGGGUGAUGGAGCUCUGAUGAUCUGAGGAUCCAGUGGUGAGAAGUGGAAGCUGAAAUACCUUUUAUUGAGUUGGGGAGGAUUAGGGAAAGAGUGUGUGCCUGAAAGCUUGGUUCUGUCAGCUCUAUUCACCCAGCAGAAGUAUUUUUUUUYCCCACACUGUUGUGUGUGGCCAGUGCCAAGCAAUGGCAGUUCUUCCUGUUGAGGGGCAUUACAGCCUCCAAACUGUGCAAACAUGAACUGCAAAGUGUGAGCUGCAUUGAAAYGUCUUCUGCAGGACUCUGUUCUGGGUCUGGUCCUGUUUAAUGUGUGUAUUGAUUUGUGUGUGGGAAUUGAGAGCACCCUCAGUAGUUUGUGGGAGUGUGGAUCUGCUGGAGGACAGGAAGGCUCUGCAGUGAGAGUGGGACAGACUCCAUCAAUGGGUUGAGGACGGUGAUGUGAGGUUCCACAAGGUCGAGUGUCACGUUCUGGAGGUCACCAGCUGGUUCAGUAGGAACCAGCGUGUACCUGAAUGGGCAAGAGGAUAAUGGCCCCUGGUCUGUAUCAGCAGUAGUGUGGGCAGCAACCAGGACAGGGAUUGUCCCUCUGUGCUGGGCACUGCUGAGGCCACACCUCGAGUGCUGUGUCCAGCUCUGGGCCCCUCAUGUGAAAAAGGACACUGAGGGGCUGCAGUGUGUCUGGAGAAGGGCAGCAAGGCUCAUGAAGGGUCCAAAGAACGUCUUACCCAGAUUAGAUGAGGGAGCUGGUUUGUUCAGUCUGGAGGAGGCUCGUGAGGGACUUCAGCUCCCUGCUGAGAGUAUGCAGUGAGSUGGGGCCUGGUCUCUGCUGUGUUUGCAGUGAGAACCAGAGSAAAUGGCCUCAGGUUGGGAGUGGAAAUUCAGAUUAGRUUUCAUAAAAAUUUUUUUUACUCUUCAGGUGUUCAGGCCUGGCAAUAGGUUCGCAAGGGAGCUGGUGGAGUCACCGUCCCUGGAGGUGUUAAAGAGGCCUCUGGAUCUGGCACUGGGAAAUGGUUUAGUGGUUUAGGGUUUGCAGUGGCAGUACUGGGCUAACGUCGAACUGGAUGCUCUUAGA